AUGAUUUGUUUGCCGGAGAAUAAUGUGCCCUCUCUUCUGGCCUUGACCUUAUGCGCCUUGUGUCUACUGAGCUCUAAUGCGGUGAUGGCAUUCGUUGCUGGAUUAAAAAGAAAUGCGGAGCCGCAUGAUCCUGUGGCUGCCACUCGCGCGCUAAUCCACCGACGUCUGGGUGGCAGAUACAAUGAUCAGAUUUCACUUCAUGUACUGCCGUCUGAACCAGAUGACCUCGAUGUCUUCGAGCUCGGAAGUGACGGUAACAAGCUUGAAAUUGCUGCAAAUUCGGCGACCGCCAUGGCUUAUGGCCUCCAAUGGUACUUCAAGUCUGUAUUACAUACAAAGACCGAUUGGGACAAUCACAAAUUUCAGCUUCCAGACGAAUUACCAAGAGUCACGGAACGCGUGCGUCACAAACGUAGGUCUAAAUUUUCUUACUACCAGAACGUGGAUACCGGCAGCUAUUCCCUCUGGGCAUGGAGAUGGCCACAGUGGGAGCAACACAUUGACUGGAUGGCGCUCAACGGUAUAAACAUGCCCCUGGCAUUUACCGGACAGGAGAAAGUGUGGCAAAAUACUUUUCACAAGUACUACAAUGUAAGUUAUGAAGGAUUAGGCAAAUUUUUUGCUGGCUCAGCCUUUUUGUCCUGGGGACGCAUGGGAAACUUGCGUGGGAGCUGGGGAAAAGGACCAUUGCCUCAAGCAUUCAUUGACAACCAACACAAGCUACAGCUGCGUAUUCUGCAGCGUAUGCGUGAGUUUGGCAUGAUCCCAGCUCUUCCAGCAUUUGCGGGGCAUGUUCCCGAAGAAUUGAAGCUUCGAUUACCAAAUGCAAACUACACUCAGUCGCCAAACUGGGGAAACUUUUCAGAGGAACAUUGCUGUGUUUACAUGAUCGAGCCAACAGAUCCUUUAUAUCGCGAAAUUGGUAAAGUCUUUAUAAAUGAGCAACGUGCUCUAUACAAUUACACCUCUUCUUUAUAUCAAUGCGAUACAUACAUGGAAAUGUCGCCAGAGUUCACGGAUUUUAGUGAGCUUGAAAAGGCUUCGCAAGCUGUGAUUGACGGCAUGAUAGCUGCAGAUCCUCAUGCUGUAUGGCUGAUGCAAGGCUGGCCAUUUGUAGACGACCCAAUUUACUGGACAAAACCACGCGUCAAAGCAUAUCUUGAUGGUGUUCCAACGGACAAAUUGAUCGUUCUUGAUUUUUACAGCGAAUCCGUGCCUUUAUGGAACUCAAUGGACAACUAUUUUGGCAAAAGCUGGAUUUACUGUGUGCUUCAUAACUUUGGCGGAAAUACUGGAAUGCGGGGGGACUUAGCAACUCUGACGACUGCGCCCGUACUGGCAAACCAGGCGGGAAAUGGUACAAUGGUUGGAGUGGGGUUGACCAUGGAAGGCAUAUUUCAAAAUUAUGUAGUGUAUGACCUCACACUGCAAAUGGCGUGGGUAGAUACUCCUCUGGAUGUAAAGGUGUGGGUUUCAGAGUAUGCAACACAACGUUAUCACACAGACAAUGAGCACAUAAAGCAUGCCUGGAAUUAUCUUUUACGAUCAGUAUACAACCGCACACGUGCCUAUGGCGGCGUAACGAAGAGCUUGGUGUGCUUAAUUCCUCAUUGGAGGCUCUUAUACGAUCGAUUUCAGCCAACGCUUAUCAAGUAUGAUCCGAAUGAUGUCGCUUUAGCCUGGAACGAGCUUUUGCUUGCUGGAGAUGAACUUCACGAUAUAGACACUUACAGACAUGACCUAGUCGAUGUCACAAAGCAGUUUUUAAGCAACAAGUUGCUUGCACAGUACACGUAUCUGAAGAACAUCUACGUUGCUAAAACGGUGUCGUCAAAGGAAGUAUGUGAUUUAGCAGACCGCAUGCUUAUAACUAUGGAGCAUUUGGAGGAAGUUCUGGCUACGAAUGAAGACUUUUUGCUUGGUAGAUGGAUUGGAGACGCGUUGUCUCUUGCUGAUGACCUGAGCUCUGGUGACGAUAAACUUACUAGAACAAAAUUGCGUGAGUACUACGAAUACGAAGCUCGUAAUCAAGUGACGCGAUGGGGAGACAACAACAAUGAGGCAAUUCAUGACUAUGCUGGAAAGGAGUGGGCGGGUCUUGUAAGCGGUUACUACAUCCCUCGUUGGACGAUGUGGCUGUCUGAGGUCUGCAGCGCUUACACUGAUAAUAGAGCGAUGGAUGAAAAAAUACUUAAACAGAAGCGCAUUCAGUUUGAGCUCAGAUGGCAGAUCAGCCAUGAACUGUAUCCAACUGUGACAGUCGGUGAUUCAUUUACGGUCUCCAAGCGCAUUUACAGCGAAUACAUUGGUUUCAAUGAUUCCAUUAAGGAACUCGUCAGUGGGCUAGCAAUCGAGUAG